AUGGCUGAUCGUGAAGUUAUGUUAGAUUUCGGUCUCGAGGAAGUACUAAAGAGUCUCUCGGAAUUUGGUAUAUCUCGUGCUUUAAAAUGGGAACAAAAAGGAGUAAUUGCUACACUGGUUACUGGAAAACAUCUGCUGGCCGUGUUGCCAACUGGUUUUGGGAAAAGUCUGAUAUUUCAGGUACUAGUUUGUGUAAAAGAAACAAUGACGGGGACACCUUCGAGCGUAGUUGUCGUUUUUCCGCUUCAGAGUAUUGUGUGUGAUCAAAUGGAAGAAGCGUCUUCCAUGGGAUUAACGGCUGCUACGCUUACGAAGAGUCGUUUGAAGGACAUCGAGUGCAGCAAAUAUAACCUGGUAUUUGCGUCAGCGGAGGAGGUUUUAGCGAAGUCAUUUCUUUCCUUAUUUAAAAACGCAGCCACACCGUUUCAUCAGAAUAUGUGUGCAAUCAUUGUGGAUGAUUCGUAUACUGUGGAAACUUGUACAGGUCAAAGGUUUGUUCUCUUAAUUCUAUUUUAA